AGCUUACUUCCCUCAGUUCUCAGAAAGCCCGCCUCCUCUGCGAGCGUUAUUUCAAAAGAAGUUGAGAACUAGAGAAACCGACCUAAGGGUGUUCUCCCAUUUGGCCCGUCUUCCCCUAAAGUCACCACCUGCUGCUUUUCUGGAGCGCUUACAGUGACCAAGAGGAACAGAACACAGAGCAGCCUGGCAGUGUCCAAGCAACAAGCGUCCGCUCCUCCUUCCUGCACCCUGGGGCUCCUGAAACUCACCAGGGUAAAAAAGAUACAGUAAAGACAUAAAUACCACGUUUGACAAAUGGAAAAAAAGGAGUGUCCAGAAAAGAGUCGCAGCAGUGAGGAAGAGCUGCCGAGACCGGACCGCGGAUCCAGUAGGAACGUAGAUGCAUCCAAACUCAUAAGAAUACAAGGACCAUGGAACGUGUUGGUUGACAAUAGCAUACGGGAACUGCAAUACACAAAAACUGGAAUUUUUUCUCAGGCUGAGGCCUGUGUGACAGAUGAUACGGUAUACAGGGAGCUACCCCGUGUUUCUGAGAUCCGUUGUGACAUCUCACAUUUUUUCCAAGAAGAUGAUGAAGCAGAGGCAGAGCCAUUAUUGUUCCAUGCUGUUCCUGAGUCUCAACUAUCUGGGGAGGACAUUCCCAGCGUAUCAGAAGAGCAGGAAUCUUCAGAGGGACAAGAUUCAGGAGACAUUUGCUCAGAAGAGAAUCAAAUUGUUUCCUCUUAUGCUUCUAAAGUCUGUUUUGAGAUCGAACAAGAUUAUAAAAAUCAUCAGUUUCUGGGGCCUGAAGGAAAUGUGGAUGUUGAGUUGAUUGAUAAGAGCACAAACACAUACAGCGUUCGGUUCCCCACUGCUGGCUGGUAUCUGUGGUCAGUCACCGGCCUCGGCUUCCUGGUAAGGGAUGCGGUCACGUUGACGAUUGCGUUUGGUUCCUGGAAUCAGCACCUGGCCCUGGACCUGCAGCACCAUGAACAGUGGCUGGUGGGCGGCCCCUUGUUUGACAUCACGGCAGAGCCAGAGGAGGCUGUCGCCGAAAUCCACCUCCCCCACUUCAUCUCCCUCCAAGCAGGUGAGGUGGACGUCUCCUGGUUCCUCGUUGCCCAUUUUAAAAAUGAAGGGAUGGUCCUGGAGCAUCCAGCCCGGGUGGAGCCUUUCUAUGCUGUCCUGGAAAAGCCCAGCUUCUCUCUGAUGGGCAUUCUGCUGCGGAUCGCCAGCGGGACCCGCCUCUCCAUCCCCAUCACCUCCAACACGUUGAUCUAUUAUCACCCCCACCCCGAAGAUGUUAAGUUCCACUUGUACCUUGUCCCCAGUGACGCCUUGCUAACGAAGAUGAUAGAUGAUGAAGAAGAUCGCUUCUGUGGUGUGCGUUUACAGACAUCACCUCCAGUGGAACCCCUGAACUUUGGUGCCCGUUAUAUCGUGUCUAAUUCUGCUCAUCUGGAAAUAAUACCCACGGAGUUGAAAUUGUCCUACAGGAGCCCUGGAGAAAUCCAGCACUUCUCAAAAUUCUAUGCUGGGCAGAUGAAAGAACCCAUUCAACUUGAAAUUACUGAAAAAAGACAUGAGACUUUGGUCUGGAAGACUGUGGUGAAGCCAGUGGAUAUCCAGCUUGGAGCUGCAUCAGCCCCUCCUGCCUUCUCAGGUGCAGCCUUUGUGAAGGAGAACCACCGGCAACUCCAAGCCAGGAUGGGGGACCUGAAAGGGGUGCUUGAUGAUCUCCAAGACAAUGAGGUUCUCACUGAGAAUGAGAAGGAGCUGGUGGAGCAGGCAAAGACACGGCAGAGCAAGAACGACAGCCUGCUGACCAUGGUGGAGAAGAAAGGGGACCGGGCCCUCGAGCUGCUCUUCAGAAGCCUCAGUGAAAGGGACCCUUACCUCGUGUCCUAUCUUAGACAGCAGAAUUUGUAAAAUGAGUCAGUUAGAUAGUCUGGAAGAGAGAAUCCAGCAUUCUUACUGGAAAUGGAUAAACAGAAACGUGAUCAUUGAUUUCAGUGUCCAAGACAGAAGAAGACUGGGUAACAUCUAUCACACAGGCUUUCAGGACAGACUUGUAACCUGGCAUGUACCUAUUGACUGUAUCCUCAUGCAUUUUCCUCAAGAAUAUCUGAAGAAGGUAGUAAUAUUCCUUUUAAAUUUUUUCCAACCAUGGCUUGAUAUAUCACUAUUUUAUCCAUUGACAUGUUUCUUGAAGACCCAGGAUAAAGGACGUCCAGAUAGGUGUGUUGAUGAAUGAUGGGGCCUGGAAAGGCGACUUUUCCUGAUUAAUGUGAAAAGUAAUUCCUAUGGACACUCCAUUUGAAGUAUCACCUUCUCAUAACUAAAAGCAGAAAAGCUAACAAAAGCUUCUUAGCCGAGGACACUCAAGGCAUACAUGAUGAUAGUCUUUUUUUUUUUUGUAUGUUAGGACUUCAACACUUUAUCUAUGGCUACUAUUGUUAGAAUAAUGUAAAUGUAUUUGCUGAAAGAGAGCACAAAAACGGGAGAAAAUGCAAACAUGAGCAGAAAAUCUUUUCCCACUGGUGUGUAGCCUACUACAAGGAGUUGUUGGGUUAAAUGUUCAUGGUCACCUCCAAGGAAUACUGAGAUGCAAUGUGGUAAAUCAACACCACAGAACCACCAGAAAGAAAAUGAGGGUAAUUCAGCUUAUUCUGAGACAGGCAUUCCUGGCAAAUUUUUUGUACCAUACAAAAAAUAAGCCAACUCUGACAUUUGGAUUCUACCAUAGACUCUGUCAUUUUGUAGCCAUUUCAGCUGCCUUUUGAUUGAUGUUUUCAUGGCACACGUACUUCCAUCCUUUUACGUUUAAUCUGUUUAAAACAAGUUCCUAGUAGACACCGUCUGGUUGAGUGUUUUUUAUGGUGUAUUUUGAACCCAUUCUGAUAGUCUCUUUUAACUGGAAAAUUUCAAUUACUUACGUUAAUGUAAUUAUUAAUAUGUUAGGAUUUAUCCUCAGUCAGCCAGUUUGUUAUGUCUUUUCUAUUCUACUAUUAUCACAUUUGUACCACUUAAAAUGGAAUCUAGGCACUUUAUCACCAUUUAGAUCCUAUUACCUUUUCUCAUCUAGGAUAUAGUUAUCUUCUAUAUGAUCUUUCUGUAUCUUAAAACCCAUCAAUAAAUUAUUAUAUAUUUUAUACUUUUAAUCACUCAGAAGACUUAAAAAACUCAUGAGGAGAAGAAUCUGUUGUUUUUCCAGAUAUUUAUACCAUUUCUGUUGCUCUUCCUUAUUUUCCAAAUUUCAUUCUGCAAUUUUCCACUUCGUCUGAAAGACGCUUUUUAAUUCUUUUAGAGUGGUUCUGAUAGGUAUGGAUUCUCCUAUUUUUUUCUGCCUCUGAGGACAUCUUUUUCUCACCUUCAUUCUCAGUGAUGUUUUUUGCUUGAUGUAGUAUUUUUAGUUGAUGUUGUUUUCUGUUCAGCAAUUUCCUUUUGGCUUCCAUAUUUCCUGAUGAGAAAUCUGCAGUCAUUCAAAUUGUUUUUUCCCUGUAUGUAGUGUGUCAUUUUUCUCUGGCAGAUUUCAAGGUAUUUUUGUUUAUCUUUAGUUUUUAGCCAUUUCAUUAUGUUGGGAAUGAGUUUCCUUGUUUUAUUCCCUUUGGAAUUUGCUCCAAUUCAUAAAUUUGCAGUUUUAUGUCUUUUACCAAACUUAGAGGUUUUCAGCCUAAUUGCUAAAAAUACUUUUUAUUAGCCUGAUUUUCAUCUUUAUAGGAAAUAGUUUAAUUGAUGACAAGUUCCAAUAGCUUAUAUGCCCAGAAGGCCUUCAAAAUAAGAAUUUUGAAAGGAUACAGAAAACAAACUUUUAUAUCCUUCUCAUGUUUUCUACUGUAAAAUUCAUAUGUUUUGCUACUCUAAACCUAGUUUGAAAUAAACAAUCUUGAGAAUAGAUGAAAAUUUUGAUGAGUAGUGGAAUUCUUUUAAAUGGAAACCUCCUUCCUUGUGAUUUUCCUUGCCAUCUAGAAAUAAACCAUAGCAUUUAUGUUGAAUC